CACACGGUCUCCGAGUUCUCUCUCUGAAAUUGGGAACAAUUUCUCUAGGGUUUGGAUUUUUAGGGUUUUUUUUUUUUAAUCACAGAAGCCAUGUCGUCCAACAAAGCGGGGCCAGCAGCGACGGCCCAACAGGCUCAGCAGAGCAAUGCGAAGCCGGGGCUCCGGAAGCCCGUGUUCGUGAAGGUGAGCGAUCUCAAGCCCGGAACGAGCGGCCACACUCUCGUCGUGAAGGUGAUCAGCGCCACCACCGUGUUGCAGAAGGGCCGAUCGGUGUCGCAGCACCUCCGCCAGACUCGAAUCUCCGAGUGUCUCAUCGGGGAUGAGACCGGGUCCAUUCUCUUCACUGCUAGAAAUGAUCAAGUUGAUUUGAUGAAGCCUGAUACAACUGUUAUUCUCCGGAAUGCUAAGAUUGACAUGUUUAAGGGAUCCAUGAGGCUAGCAAUUGACAAAUGGGGCCGUAUUGAGGUGACUGAGCCUGCAAACUUUGUAGUCAAGGAAAACAACAAUCUCUCUCUGGUUGAAUAUGAGCUCGUGAAUGUUGCGGAUGAAUGAAUGGGGCCUCUUUGCCGCUGGUAUAUUUUGAGAGAAGAAUCAGAAUUCAUAAAGCUUUGAUGGUUGGUUUUAUUACCAUUUCCUGGUAAUAUGCUGUUACUGCUGCUUGGUUAUGUCAUAUUGGUGAAAUGCUUGUUUGGGAUUGGUUGAGAAAAAUGACUUGGGUGAUUUUUAAUAUAAUUAUGAAGUAGGGUUUGGUUGGAUGCGAGCCGGAACAGCUUGUGCCUUUACGGAAAUGUAAACUUGAUUUUCUCACUUAAGAAAGUGCUUCAGUUCCUUCUUCU